AUGGCCAACAAGGUCCUUGGAUCUCUCAGUCUAACCUUCAGCUGCUUGUUCAUGGCCGAAUUGCUCGGCAGCGUGUUUGCCUUUGGGCUCGGUGACCUAUUGUUGCUAGUUACUUCCACUCUAAAGUUCCUCGUCUUCGACGCCACAGUCAUCGUUGCCGCGUUCAUCGUUGAUGUUCUCUUGAGGGGCCCACUUGAAGAAGCCGGCUCUCUCGUGGUUGCGCUCCGCCUCUGGCGUGUCUUCAGAAUCAUCGAGGAGUUUUCGUCCCGGGCCGAAGACGAGCUGGCCGAAUUACAAGAACGGAUCAGUGAGUUGCAGCAUGGGAAGGCCGAGGUCGACAAGGGGAACUAG